AUGGACGUACAGCACGUACAGGCCGUUAAUAAUGCUGAUACCAUGGAAUCAAAAUCAGAAUAUGAAGUUGGUGAUAUUGUUUGGGCUAAACUCAUGGGCUGUCCAUUUUGGCCAGCCAUUGUCACUUAUGAUCCUGUAUCCAGAUUGUAUACCAAAGGUUCGAGUAAUAGUGAAUACAUCAUAUAGUUGUUGCAGAUAUACUUAAUAUUUAAUAGAAUUUAUAAUUUGUUUUACAUUUUACAUAGUAAGUUCAUAUAUUUGUAUAGUUUUACUAUCUGAAGUUUGAAAAAUAAAAUUGAAAACUAAUAUGUUUAAGAGAACAUACAUGCAUUAACAAAUUUUGUUGUUUGUCUUACAAACCUACAUGAUUUCAGAUGAUUCAAAACAUACUUUGUGUUGUUAUUUUUUUUCAAUAUUAUCAUUAAAAUUUUUUAAAUUCUUUUAAAUUAUAAUAUUUCACACAUGUAUAUCUGAACCAAAAAUUUAAACUAAUAAAAAAAAAAAACCAAUGUACAAACUCAGAUAAUGUUCUUCUUUCUAAGUUAGAUGGUAGUAUUCACUCUGAAUUGAAACUUCUGAACUUUGAUCUUGAAUAACUUUUAAAUCUUACAUGAUAUUGAUAGGGAUUUUUUAUAUUAAUGAGAACAUUUUACCCAUUUUUGUGACAUUGAUAUGAAGAUAUACGCCACAAUGCAGCUUAAUACUAAUUAAUUAUUCCCAGCUGAAAUUAUAAUUUAAUUAGAUUUUUGAAGGUGUUGAAGAGAAUCCAUUGAAUAUCAUGGUAUCAAUAUCUAUGUACUUACUUACAUUUUUUUUAAAUUUAUUUUUAGGGGAAAAAAAAACUUUUGCUCUACACGUGCGAUUUUGUGGCUAUUAUGGCCAAAGAAAUUGGGCGAAGAUUAUAGAACAAUAUAAUUCUAAAGAAGACUUUGUUUCAAAACACCCGGAUUGUAUGGUAAGUCUUGUUAGAAAUUGUAACUUACUUUACAAUUUAAUUAAUUUUUAAAUAUUUACUUUUUGUCAUUUGGUAAAUCAAUCUGUAAUGUACCUAUGUAAGUUAAAGUUUUUAAAGAAAAAAUCUAUUUUUAGUUUUAGCAUUUUUCAUGAUUAGAGUGGAGUGUAUUUUUGAUAAGGUAUUGUUAUAUUGACUUUUUAAAUAAAAUUUGCAUAGUUUAAUAAAACCUACUCUUCAUUGUAUUUCAAAAUAUUUUAACUUUACAUAAUGGUUAAAUAUUCAUAAUAAAUAUUUGUAGGUUUUUUUAAAGAAAAAGAAAAAAGAAAUGGUUCGAUGGCAAGCGGGUGUUCAAGAAGCCGACCAUUUGAUGACCCUCGUGAGGUAAUAAUAUUCUAUAGAUUCUAUUGUUUUUAUAGACCUUAUACUACUAGACUUCAUGGCUUAACGAUUCUGGUUCAAUACUAUAUAUUUAAAAUUGAUCACCUCCCUCAUUAUUAAUCUAUUGUACGAAAUUACUUAGGCCUGAGUACCUUAGCUGACAUGCGUUUGGAAGCAAAUCUUUCUUAUUAUUCAAAACUACUCCAUGGUGCAGUUGACAGCCUAGCAUUCUUAACUAAGGUAAAUUUCCAUGUAUCUAUGCAUUUCUCGUGCUCUCAAACUCCAUUCAACACUCCUAUCCAUCAUACUUAUUUCGAGAACAACCGCCUCUUACACGGGAUGUCUCAUGCAGUGAACCUAUAUGUUAACUUUGAUUUUUAUAGUUUUUCAUUGUAUGUCCCCUUUAUAUUUCUUUGUUACUUUUGCUCGUAUUCUCAUUACUUAGUUUAUGUUCUAUUAUAAUUUGUGUUUUGUUAUUACUAUAAUCUUCUUUUUAAUGGUUUUCUAUUUAUUAAGUAUUGUACUUGGGUUAACACCCGUUAUGUUAUUAAAUAAAUAAAUAAUGAAUAUUAAGUUAAGCUUCAAUAAUGUAUUUUCUGACAAAUGUUAGGAACAUCAAUGAGAAUUAAUGGUAGAUACAAUAUUAUUGAAUAUUGUACAAUAAUGGAAGUCCUAUAGCAACACUGAUGAGAUUGUAAACUACAUUACUGGUGUAUGUUUGACCUAUAGAUAUAUUAAUAAAUAUAAAAAUGUCUAUGAUUUGACCAAUCACCAUCUUAUCACUUUUCUAUGCCGGUCACUUGACUCAUUAUUAUAGCUACACCAUAGGUAAAGCCAGUCUAGUAGUAUAAGGUCUAUGUUUAGUCCUGAAUUUUGUUAUCACACAUGUUGAGUUAUAAAAAAAAAUUACAUUUUUCAGAAAAGAAAGAAUGUUACAUUUUUGCAGUAUGUAUGAAUUAGACUACUCUAAAGAACUUGGUAUAAAUAGUUCUUCUGAUGAUCUUGUAAGUUUUAUUUUAAUUACCAUAUCACAUUAAGUACAGAAUUGUUUUUGUUCAUAGGCACCACAAAACAGUAAUUUAAACCCUAGUGAAGAUUUGCAUGAUGCUUCACUAAUUUUAACAAUAAAUAAUGAAAAUAUUCAGAAUAAUGACACCACCGAUACCACAGACCAUGAUGUUGCUGAUAGCAAAACAAUUUCAGAGCAAAUAGCAAAUCUAUUAAUUGAUAAAUAUGGGUAUUCUCAAAAUGAUGCUGAACAUGAAAUUAAAGAAGAAGAGUUAGAUUUUGAUAGUUUAGAACCUUGGGAAGAAGGCACCUCUCUUAUACCAGAAGAUCUCAAAACCAGAAUAAGGUGAAGAAUAUAAAUUCAAAUUGAUGGUUAUAGACUCUAUAAUUGUACUACUGAACUAACAUUAUUCAUUUUGUUAACAACAAUUUGUAUUAUUUUAUGGUUCUAUAUCUUGUAUUUUUAGUGAGUAUGAAAGAAUUCAGGAACUCAAACAGAAAAAGAAAAAGAAGAUGAAUUCAAGACGUCUUUAA